AUGCCUUCCACCAGCAAGCCUGCAUCCCGUUCCCGAUCCAGGGAGCGACACCGGGAAGAUAAAAACAAGUCAAAGAAGCACAAACACGGGUCCAAAUCGCAGAAAAAACACAAGAGUCGAAGUUCGUCCCAACCCAGGUCCAACUCGUCUCCGAGGGAUCGACAACAAAAGGAUAAAGAAUUGUCCAGUUCGGGUCCUGUGGUAAAAAAUACAGACAGCAGUCAGCAGAAAAGAGGACGCUCUUCAAGCAAGGAUUCUUCAGUUUCUUCUCAAUCGUCCAGCCAUUCUCGCACACAUCGCCGUCGUCGUCAUCGUCAACAUAGUCGUAGCAGUUGCAGUGGAAGCAGUAGUAGUAGCAGUAGUGACGUUGGCAACUUUAAAAGGUCCAAAAGUCACUCUAAGCGAAAAAGAAGGUCCCGGAGCCAUUCUGCUUCUCCUGAAAGGAAAAAGCAUAAAAAAGAGAAGAAAGAAAAGAAAAAGAAGAAGAAAAAGAAGCACAGAAAGAAACACAAGAAAGAGAAGAAAGAAGAAAAAGUGAGCAAAUCUUCUGGUGGAAAUGAGAAAAAGGGGGAAGAGAAACGGUGCCAAGUCUUGCCUAAGCCUAGUGCUGCCCCUGCAACACAAAAUCCAACAAAUCCACAUGUGCAAGAAGCCAAAGCAAAAGAAGAUGCUCUUCCAGGGCCAAGUCCUCGGGUCCUAAAACCAAUGACGAAAGAAGAAUGGGAAAAGCAGCAAAGUGUCAUCCGUCGUGUUUAUGAUCCCGACACUGGGCGUAACAGACUCGUGAAAGGAGAUGGAGAAAUUAUUGAAGAAAUUGUUAGCAAAGAAAGACAUCAACAAAUCAACAAACAAGCCACAGCAGGAGAUGGUCAUUUUUACCAAGCAAAGAUGGGUCUUCUCAACUAA